CACUGGUGCAAGGUGACCCUCCCCGGCCCGAGAUGCGGAGGAAGCUGCUGCCCUGGGCGGCCUGCGCCCUGCUGCUCUACCUGCUGGCCCUCCGGAACCUGCACCGGCCCCCGACCCCGGCAGGGCGCCCCGCCGCCCGCUUCUGGAAGGCCCCGUGCCCGCUGCGGUCGCUGUGGAGCCAGGACCUGCUGGAGCGGCAGCGGCGGCGCCGGAGCGUCAGCCGGGACCGCGCCCCAGGCUGCGGGCCCGACCGCCAGGUGGAGAGCCGCGUCGCCGACUUCCAGCAGCUGCCGCAGGCCGUGAAGGACUUCCUGCUGUACCGGCGCUGCCGCCACUUCCCGCGGCUGCUGGAGCCCCGGGGCGUGUGCGGCCGCGGCCUCCGCCUGCUGAUCGCCAUCAAGAGCACGGCGUCGAGCUUCGUGCGGCGCCAGGCCAUCCGCCAGUCGUGGGGAGGCCUGGGCCGGGCCUCGGGCGUCGGCCUGGUCUUCCUGCUGGGCGUGGAGGAGGAGGCGGACGGGCACCCGGGCCUGGCCGCGCAGCUGGCCUGCGAGAGCCGCCGCUACGGCGACCUGCUCCAGUGGGCCUUCCGCGACACCUUCCUCAACCUGACGCUGAAGGAGGUGCUCUUCCUCCCGUGGCUGGGCCGCCGCUGCCCCGGCGCCCGCUUCAUCUUCAAGGGCGACGACGACGUCUUCGUCAACACAGAGCGGCUGCUCGAUUACCUGGACGGCCCGGAGCCGGGGGCUAGCCCGGGCCCGGCCCUCCACCGCAGCCCCGACCUCUUCCUGGGCGACGCCAUCUUCGGCGCCAAGCCCUGCCGCAACCCGAGGCUCAAGUACUACGUGCCCGGCGCCUUCUACAACGGCCCGUACCCGCCGUACGCCGGCGGCGCCGGGGUGCUCUACGCGGGCCGGCUGGCCCGCCGGCUGGAGCGGGCGGCCAGGGCGCUGCCCCUCUUCCCCAUCGACGACGUCUUCACCGGCAUGUGCCUGCGGCGGCUGGGCCUGGCGCCCACCGCCCACGCCGGCUUCCGCAGCUUCGGCAUCAACGAGAGCCAGCGCUGGGAGCCGUGCGCCUACCGCCGCCUCCUGAUGGUGCACGGCCGGAGCCCGCAGGAGGUGGUCCUGCUCUGGAGAAUGCUGCACCAGGGCAACCUCACCUGCGGCUGA